AUGCGGUUACAGUCGGUAGACAGCAGUAGCCUGGUGUACAAGCUGUUCAAUAACUUUGAGCAGCUGUGUAUCAACUUCACCAACGAGAAGCUGCAGCAGUAUUUCAACCACCACAUGUUCAUCGUGGAGCAGGAGGAGUACAAGACCGAGGGGAUAGAGUGGACCUUCAUAGACUUCGGUUUGGACUUACAGGCCUGCAUAGACCUCAUAGAGAAGCCCAUGGGCAUUCUGUCCAUCAUGGAGGAGGAGUGUAUGUUCCCCAAGGCCACUGACAACAGCUUCAAAACCAAACUCUACGACAACCACUUUGGAAAGUCGCCCAACUUCCAGCGGCCACGGCUGGACAAGAAGCGCAAAUAUGAGACGCACUUUGAGUUGGUUCACUAUGCCGGAGUGGUGCCGUACAAUAUCACAGGAUGGCUGGACAAGAACAGAGAUCCUCUGAAUGAGACGGUGGUGGCUCUGUUCCAGAAAUCCUCCCACAAACUAAUGGCUGGACUGUUUGAGGACUACAUCAACUCUGACAUUGCGGGGGAUCCAAAGGCUGAAGGAAGACACAGGAAGAGGAAAGCAGCUUCCUUUCAGACAGUUUCACAGUUACACAAGGAGAAUCUAAAAAAGCUAAUGGCUAACCUCCGCAGCACUCAGCCUCACUUUGUCCGAUGCAUCAUCCCCAAUCACACCAAGAGUCCAGGUGUGAUGGAUGCCUUCCUGGUCCUCCACCAGCUGAGGUGUAACGGAGUCCUCGAGGGGAUCCGGAUUUGCAGGAAGGGCUUUCCAAACCGCAUCCUGUAUGCUGAGUUCAAACAACGUUAUCGCAUCUUGAAUCCUGCUGCAAUUCCAGAGGACUCGUUUGUGGACAGCAGGAAGGCUGUGGAGAAACUGCUGGGCUCUCUGGACAUCGACCACAGCCAGUACAAGUUUGGACACAAUAAGGUGUUUUUCAAGGCGGGGCUGUUGGGUCUGUUGGAGGACAUGAGGGACAUCCGUCUGGCUGAGAUCCUCACCAUCGUUCAGGCCAUGGCCAGAGGGAAGCUGAUGAGGAUGCAUCGGAAAAAAAUGGCGCUGCAAAGGGACGCUGUAUUGGUGAUCCAGUUCAACAUCAGAGCGUUCUUCAUCGUGAGGACUUGGCCGUGGAUGAUGCUCUUCUAUAAGAUCCGCCCAAUGCUGAGGAGCGCCCAGAUGGAGAAAGAACUGGCUGCUCUCAAAGAAGAGUUCAAGAAGUUAAAAGAGGCCUUCGACAGGUCAGAGGCCAAGCGUUGGGAGGCGGAGGAGCGGCAGGUGGUUUUGGUUCAGGAGAAGAACGACUUGGCUCUUCAGCUUCAAGCUGAGCAGGACAACCUGACAGACGCAGAGGAGCGCUGCAACCAGCUGAUUCAGUCCAAAAUCUCUCUGGAGUCGAAGCUGAAGGAGAUGCAGGAACGUCUGGAGGACGAGGAGGAGUUGACGGCCUCGCUGACGUCCAAGAAACGUCAGCUGGAGGAGGAGGUGGUCUCACUGAAGAAAGAUGUGGACGACCUGGAGAUGACUCUGGCUAAAGUGGAGAAAGAGAGACAUGGAGUCGAAAACAAGGUGAAGAACCUGUCCCAUGAGAUGUGUGUUCUGGAUGAAUCGAUAGCAUCUCUGACCAGAGAGAAAGCCGCCCUGCAGGAGGCUCACCAGCAGGCUCUCACUGACCUGCAGGCGCAGGAGGACAAGGUCAACAUGCUGGUCAAGGUGAAAUCGAGGCUGGAGCAGCAAGUGGACGAUGUGGAGACUUCCUUGGAGCUGGAGAAGAAGGUGCGUUUGGAACUGGAACGAAUCAAACGGAAGCUGGAGGGGGAUCUGAAGCUGUCCAUGGACUCGGUGAAAGACCUGGAGAAACAGAAGGACGAGCUGGAGGAGAGACUGAAAAAAAAAGACUUUGAGUCGGGUCAGCUUCAAUCUAAACUGGAGGAUGAACAGAGCGUGCUUACUCAUCUUCAGAAGAAGAUCAAAGAGCUUCAGACUCGUAUCGAGGAGCUGGAGGAGGCGCUGGAUGCGGAGCGAGCAUGGCGUUCCAAAGCCGAACGUCAGAGGAACGACAUCACCAGAGAGCUGGAGGAGCUCGGGGAGAAACUGGAGGAGGCAGGAGGAUCCUCUGCUGCUCAGAUCGCUCUCAACAGGAAGAGGGAGGCGGACUUCUUGAAGAUGCGGCGGGAGCUGGACGAGGCAGGGCUUCACCACGAGGCGACGGCCGCCACUCUCAGGAAGAAGCACUCGGACACGGUGGUGGAGCUCGGCGAGCAGAUUGACGCUCUGCAACGAACCAAACAGAAACUGGAGAAGGAGAAGGUCGAGUUCAGGCUGGAGGCCGACGACCUAGCUGCUAACGUGGAGCAGCUAUCCAGGAACAAGGGAGCAGUGGAGAAGAUGUGCAGGGUUUAUGAGGACCAGCUGAAUGAAACCAGAAGCAAAGCAGAGGAGCUGCAGAGACAGCUGACCGACGUUUCUGCUCAGAAAGCACGAGCGCUCACAGAAACUGCCGAGUACAGCCGCCGUCUGGAGGAGCGGGACGCUAUGAUUGGUCAGCUCCAGCGCUCCAAAGCCGGGGUUUUCCAGAACUCCGAAGACCUGAAGAGGCAGCUGGAGGAGGAGAGCAAAGCUCGUGUGGCGCUGGCUCACGCGGUGCAGGCGUCCCGUCACGACAGCAGUCUGCUCAGAGAGCAGCUGGAGGAGGAGCAGGAGUCCAAAGCUGAGCUGCAGAGGGAGCUCUCCAAAGCCAACGGCCAGGUGGUCCAGUGGAGAGCCAAGUACGAGACCGACGCUGUGCUGAGAAUAGAGGAGCUGGAGGACGCAAAAAAAAAGUUGGUCGUCAAACUGCAGACGGUUGAGGAAGCUGUAGAGACGUCUCAGGCCAAAUGUUCCUCACUGGAGAAAACCAAAGUGUGUCUGCAGACAGAGAUUGAAGACCUGUUGGUUGAACUGGAACGAACCAACGCUGCUGCUCUGGCUCUGGACAAGAGGCAACGCAACUUCGACAAGUUGUUGAGCGACUGGAAGCUGAAGUUUGAGGAGAGUGAGACGGACCUGGAGGCCUCGCAGAGAGAGUCCCGCAGUCUGAGCACUGAGCUCUUCAAACUGAAGAACUGCUAUGAAGAAGCUCUGGACCAUCUGGAGACGGUUAAACGAGAAAACAAGAACCUGCAAGAGGAGAUACUGGACCUGACGGAUCAGAUCGGUCAGGGAGGAAAGACCAUCUACGAGCUGGAGAGGAUGAAGAAGCUCCUGGAUGUGGAGAAGAGCGAUAUCAGAGCAGCUCUGGAGGAAGCAGAGGGAACUCUGGAGCACGAGGAGAGCAAGACCUUGAAAUUUCAGAUGGAGCUGCACCAGAUAAGGACUGAGAUCGAGCGCAAGAUUGCAGAGAAAGAUGAAGAGAUCGAGAACCUCAGGCGGGGCCACCAGCGCUCCCUGGAUACCAUGCAGACCAGUUUGGAGGCGGAGGUUCGCAGUCGCAGUGAGGCGGUGCGUCUGAAGAAGAAGAUGGAGUCCGACCUGAACGAGAUGGAGGUUCAGCUGGGACAUGCCAACAGACAGGCAGCCGAGAGCCAGAGGGCCAUCAGACACCUGCAGACACAGGUUAAAGAGCAACAGGUGGAUUUGGAGGACAAAGUCCAGUUGGCCAAUCAGCUCAAAGAACAGAUCCUCCUGUUGGACCGACGUUGUUUACUGAUGAUGGCUGAGGAGGAGGAGCUGCGUGGGAUUCUGGAACAAACCGACCGCGGACGCAAGAUGGCCGAACACGAGCUGGUGGAGGUCACGGAGAGACUGAACCUGUUCACCACACAG